UACAGAUGCAUGGUGGCUACUAGAUGUGUUAGCCGUACCUCGCAAAGUAUUAAAUAGCGCUACACGUUAAGACAGCAGUGCCAAGUAUCCGGGCAGUAAUAUCUCAGAGGUGCGUGUUUUUCCGACUCACUUAACCACAUUGGUUUGCAAUCGAACAGCGAUACACAGCUCAUGAAUGAUUUUAGCUUAUCAACUGGCAAACAACCAUGGAGGAUGCUAGUGCUAAUGGCUGCUAGCGUCACUCCCGCCUUCAGACAGUGUUUCCACUCUGGAUGAGUCGCUAAUGUGUUGGUGUGGCACUGCAGGGUUUGUGUGCGUUCGCGUCUAUCUUAAACCGCGUGUUACGAUUCGAGAGCUUCCAUUUAUAGCCCCGCUUUGCAGCGUUUGAGGUUGGCGUGUGUCGCUAGCAUUGUGUUUGCUUAUUAGCAUCCGUGCUAGCUUGUUGGUGAGUAAACGGUUCUCUGUAUAUUUGUGGUAACUGUACAAUAACGGUAUUCGAGCGAAUUCGGUUGCACGUAUAUAACUGAACGAAUCGCUCUUGAUAAAACACGUGCUUUGUGUUUUACGGAGCAACACAGAAGGAUGAAUAACUGACACCCAUCCAAACCCCUCAGUCCGAGGUCAAGUCUGUAAACCUCACUGACCAAGUGAUUCUUUAAAUGGGAUGCGAGCCUGACUCUGGAGGAUAUCUUAUUUGCCAUCAGGAAAACACUCUGUAGUCUGAGCUCGUGGAUCAAUGAACGAGGAACCAGUCGAGAGCGGGCUUCCUGGCAUAGAGCCUGUGGAGGAAGAUGCGGAGCAAAGCAGCGAGACGGAUAACACCGACCCUGUGGCUGCCUCGGACAGCCUGUACACCAAGGAGGACCCCGGCAGCUCGGGUGUCGUAGAGGACAUGGCUGUGGACAACGGUGAGCCCCCCAUGGACUGGUUUGAGCCCGUUGAGGAUGAUGAAGAUGACCACAGUGGAAGAAAUGACCCAGAGGAGGAAAGUCUGGCUGGAGAAAGUGAGAGGAGUGAGAGUGUGGCGGGCAGUGAGAAGACCUUCCAAAGAUUCUACACACUUCAUCCUCCUCGUCGGAGGCGGUCGCGUCGUGACGAAGGAUGGGUCGACUGGCCCGCGCUCGGGGAGGGCUGGAGGCGGAAGGAGGUUGUUCGACGGUCUGGCACCAGCAUUGGUCAGAAAGACGUGUAUUACAUCAGUCCGCUGGGUGAUCGUGUGAGGAGCAGAGUGGAGCUGUUGUCGGUGGUGGACGGACAGCUUGACAUGUCGCAUUUUGACUACAAGUCGGGCAAGUUCCUCGACAGCGACGCGCCACCCAUCAAAGUUCGAAACAGAAGGAAAAAAGUGCGGGAACGCUCGUCCUCGGAGUCCAGCUUCAUGGACAGAGAAGAAGCAGGCACUCCUGACUCCUUCCACCGGCUCACCCCGAACUUCCUGUCCAAAAAUGUCAACUCCAGUCCGAUUCAUACCCGGAACAGCACGUCGAUGAUCUCGGGCCAGCGGGCUCGGAACUCGGAAACAGAUGUUUUAAUAAAGCUCCCUUUUCCCUCGUCGUCCAAACCGCUUCCGCUUCCCUCCAUCAAUGGAGAAUUCGGAUCUGGGGACAGCACUCUGAUCUGUGCCAAAUGUGGAAUCUCCUUCACGGGUACGUGGUACGACAAGCAGAGGAAGAAGCCCUGCUGUCCCACCUGUUGGGCAUCAAAGACAAAAGAACAUCCAAUGAUUCGUUUUAGAAAGUGGAUUCCUUGUGGCCAGUGUGUGGCGUGUCACAACACCAUCAACUGCGGACAGUGUGCCAACUGCAAGCACGGCCUGCAGAGCCCAGAGAAUCGAAGAAGAAUAUGCCGGAAACGUAAAUGUGUCUGUCCCAUAAGGAGGAACAGUGCUUUCAAUCAGCCGAAAUCGUACGUGGAGACUCCUGAGAACUAUGACGACGAACUUAGCUUACAGAGUGAAGUCGCAGACUCGCAGCCGAGUCUGAAAAACAGCGACACAGAGAACGUUUCUUUCAACCUCGACAAUGACGACGACGACGACAUGUCAACUGAUGAUGACGAUGACUGGCAUAAGAAGCGCAAGCGGCGUUCCUGUGGAGAGUGUAAGGCCUGUCUGUGCAGGAGGGACUGCGGCACGUGCGACUUCUGCGUCGACAAACCCAAGUUCGGCGGCAGCAACAAGAAGAGGCAGAAGUGUCGCCUACGCCAGUGUCAGAGGCAGGCGAUGCGACAUUUGCUCCCCUUCGAGAUGGGACAAGGCGACUUUGGGCCCGACAGCCCCGUCCUGCCGGGCAGACCGAGGCCGCACUACACGUACAGCCGGAAGCCGGGCUUUAAGAAGAACAAGGGGCUGACUGGCUUUGACAGCGACAACGAGGAUGAGGACAGCAAUUUCCAACCAGCGAACUGGAGCUCUGAUCCUCUGGAAGCGAACAAACACUCCAUCGACCUAAAUCCCUCAUAUCACACAAAUCUCGCGGUUCAGAACGGAGUGUCUGACCGGGUCCCUCACAUCAGCAACCAUAAUUCGAAAAAAGAGCUGAGCAGAUGGGACUCUGAUACAUCGCACGCAGACAGAAAUGAGUGUAAACCCAUUGAAGACGAUGAAGACGAGCUGCCCAUGAUUGCAAACGUCUUCAGUUUCAGUGACCACCCGGCGUUGAGCGGCGCCGACGACGUGGAGAACCAGCUCAUGAAGCUGCUCCACUCCCUGCGCUCCUCCGUGCUGCCCAUCAUGUGGCACGCCAUCCUGGUGGAGGGCCCGCGGCUGCAGCUCAUCCAGUGCUCCAAGCAGUCCAACAUGACGGACACCAUGGUGCUCAUCGACCCGGGCUUCUGCUACCAGGUCACCGUGCAGAAGCAGCCGCUGCUGCCCACCCACCCGCUCUACGACGGCUACCCGGCGCGCCUCAGCUCGGUGACGGACGUGGUCAAGCUGCUCCUCGGCCUGGAGAACUACGUCAUGUGCCAGGGACUGCCCUCCAGAGACUCGCUACAGAAAGACCUCGUCAUCAUCGAGCGGGCGUCCACGUGCGACUUCUUGGUCAAUAAGAAUGUGAGCGUCUGCUCAAACUGCCUGGAGCUGCAGGAACUUUAACUCCAGCGCGGACGCGGCGUUCUCUGUUACUGCAGCGGAGACCACCGGGUCUCUGAUGCAACUCUGUGCCAUUCCCUCCUUGUUCUACUGUUGGUGACGAUAUACAGACUUACCUCUGACUGUAAUAGUACAAUUUGAUUAUUCAAAGAACCACCAAAGGCAUUCCAGGAGCUGUGACGUUCUGAUCCAGGCUUGUUACUCCUCAGAUGUUUUAUGAUGUUUGCUGGAGGGUUUUUCUACGUGACUGUUAUGAGUCCAGGCGAAGUGACAAACGGAGCUGAAGUCCAUCACUGCGUGUUGAUCUGUUCCCACUCGAGGACUACGCCUCUCUUACCAUUUUCUUUUUUCUCUAAUUAUUAUUAAUUUGAGUGGCUCUUUGGCCCAAGACGUUGUCUCUCAGCCUCCAAAUAAAACUCUACGAUCAGCAGUGAAAGCACUUGUCUCUUCACCAGCAGCGUCACAAUGCCGCCACGCUGUGUAACGCGUUCCACUCUGGAUGCAGUGAGCCAGCAGACGGAAACAG